UUGUGAGUUAGUCGGAGAUCGGCUUUCGUGUAGCGGUGAACAGAAAGACGUAGUGAGAGAUAACGAAUACGAGAAUCGCGGAACGACGAAGAGAAUCGUCAGGUGUGCUUUUUUGACGUGUUGGCGCGUGGUCUGCAACAUGCGAGUCCUCACACAGAUAUUUUCCUUGUGGUUUGGGAUGUGCCUAGCCUUCCACGGUGGUCAAGGUGAAGUGACAGUUCAACAACCAAUCUACACGAAUACCAUUCAAAGGUUCGACCACAGCAGCGAUCACAACGGAACGCAUGAAAACGAAGUCAAAGCUUUAAAGAAGGUGUUUCUGUCCAAUAGAUCUAUUACAUGCAACGAUGGAUCACAAGCUGGAUUUUACCUGAGACGAUCGCACUCUAGCACAAAGUGGAUCAUUUUCCUGGAGGGAGGAUGGUAUUGUUACGAUGUACAUACAUGUCGAAAUCGAUGGUUGAAACAAAGACAUUACAUGACCUCAUCGAAGUGGCCAGAGACUAAAGACGUUGGUGGUUUACUUUCGCCAAACAUGAAGGAGAAUCCAUUCUGGUGGAACGCAAACCACGUCUUUGUUCCAUAUUGCACUAGCGACUCCUGGAGUGGUACGAAGCCACCAUCAUCUAAUGACAUGUUCAGCUUUAUGGGUUCUUUCAUCGUAAGACAAGUGGUUCGGGACCUCAUUCCUUUGGGACUGGAAAAUAGUACGGAUCUCAUACUGAGCGGUAGCAGUGCUGGUGGUACUGGUGUGAUGCUGAAUCUAGACUAUGUAAAAGAACUUCUACACGAAGAAUUAAUGUUAACUCAAAUUAACGUAAGGGGAGUAACCGAUUCUGGUUGGUUCCUAGACAGGACUCCUUAUACUCCUACUAAUAAACCAGCUGUAGAAGCUAUCAGAAAAGGAAUGGAAAUGUGGAGAGGGAAGGUACCAAGGCGGUGUAGAGAGGAGUAUAUGAAUGAGCCGUGGAGGUGUUAUUUUGGAUACAGGCUCUAUCCUACACUUAAAUCUGAACUCUUCGUUUUCCAAUGGCUUUUCGACGAAGCCCAGAUGGACGUAGACAACGUAGGUGCCCCAGUCACCAAACAACAGUGGGACUACAUCCACAAGAUGGGAGAUGCUCUCCGCCACAGCUUCCAGAACGUUUCUGCUGUCUUUGCUCCAGCGUGCAUCUCUCAUUCAGUUCUAACCAAAAGGGACUGGCAAAAUGUAAAGAUUGACGACAUCUCAAUAGCCGAAGCGUUACAUUGUUGGGAACAGAAAACAGCCAGAAGGAGGUUAAAAAGGGUGAAUAAUGGGAAAAUGUUGGGCAAUAUGCAAGGUAGGAUGGGGAAAAGGAAGAGGAAUCAAAGAAGAAACAGGGUGGCAUAUGAGGGUUUGAUGGACAAUGACGAUAGGGUUGGACACAUGCAAAAUGCUCCCAUCAAUAUGAAGAGAAGGAGAAGAAAUAGGAAGAAUAAAAGGCCGAAUAAAAACAAAAUUCGACCGAGAAAACAACGUAAUCAGGUAAACAACGAGAACAAGCCUCCACACAACUCCCACAACUUCUCUCCAUUAGAUAAAAGACCGUCCAGGUCAGUCUUACAGAACUCAAGGUGGCCACGCAAGAGACGAUGUAUUCACCGAAGAUUAGAGCGAUGUUCCUGGCCACAGUGUAACCAUUCUUGCCCCAAAUUGCACAACCCCUUCACUGGGGAAGAGAUGGACUUCAUAGAAUUGCUGAAGUCUUUCGGAUUAGAUAUGAACAGCGUGGCUGACGCCCUGGGUAUCGAUAUACAAACUUUGAAUAAUAUGGAUCAUUCUGAGUUAUUGAAUCUCUUAACGCAGCAAUCAAAUUAACAGAACAAUGCAUUAGUUUUUUGUUGUUUUAAGUGGUUCUUGUUUUCUAAUUACUGAAUGAUAAAUUGUUAGUCAAGCAAAGUCCAAGAAUAUUCAACUCUGCUUGACUAAUUGAACAAUAUAUUUACUAAAAUCGCUUAGAGAAGAAAGAAUUGGUCAUCUAAGGCAGAUAAACAAUUUUUGUGCUCCUGGACAAAGAAUUGAAACAUCAAAAGAUCAAAAGACUCAAAGUUUAAGAAACAAUGAGCAAAUAUUUGGUGGAUUCUGAACGAUCCACUAGGUAACAGGCAUUAUAGUAUUUUAAAAAUUUGACUUAUUUUGUUCUUAUCUUUGUGAUUUUAUAUUUUAAAGUUUCCUUUAUAUUUUCCUUUAAAUAUAUGCGGGUAAGAAUAUUUGAUUGGUGCGUUAGUCAAUAUUUAUCAUAAUAUCUAUUGUGUGUUCAUUUUUUUUAUUAUAAUUUAGUAGUUAAGUAAUUUAAUAGUUCAUUUUUCUUCUUAUAUUUUUAUUUCUACAUAUUUCCUAAUUUUAGUAUCCUCUUAAUAGCUUUCAGCUCACAUUUCUUUGCUCAAGUCCAUUGCUGCCCAAUUAGGUACUCCUUAAGGGGAUAAGCGCAAAAUCUGGGUCCAAUGAUAUUUAAAUGCAUUAAUUUUUUUCUAAUCCUGAGAAAACUAAUAAAUAUUUUUGAAAAAUUUAAACGCAGAAUGAAAGAUUGAUGACUGAAAGUCCCUGAAAACUUCUACAUAUAAUGUUUAUUUUAAUAAGUUACAGGAGUGAAAAAAAAAAGAGAAAAUUUAGUAUGAUUUUUAAUUUCAAAUAUUUCAUCCAAAACAUACUUUUUGUUUAUUCUAAGGGACUUUCGGCCCUCGGUAAUAAUGUAAUUUUUCAUUCUGCGUGUUAACUUUUCAAAAAUAUUUAUUAAUUUUCUCAAGAUUCGAUAAAAAUGAAUUCAUUUAAAUAGCAUUGUACCAUGAUUUUGCCCUUACCCCGUUAAGUACCUCUAAUUUUUCUUAUUCACAUCCUAAAUUAGUUGUGUACACUAUAAACCAUCUUCUUACGUCUUACUGCGGUGUUUGAGUGGUUAGGGAGAUGGUCUCAACAGAUGAAAUCAAUUGCCCCCCCCCCCUUCAGAAAAAGAAUCCGUUUUGCCAAAAGAAGCGAAUGAAAGUACUAUCUUUAUUAUGCGACACUAGUACUUAAACAAACAAAAAUAUUCAAAUAAUUAUGUUACCAUGGCAAUAAACUCGAACUUACGUGAUCCGUUGAAAAAUCCUUGAAUCCCUUGAAAUUUUUUUGAAUAGGUACUCUUUUAAUUCUCUUUCUUCGAUUCUGUUACGCUGCAGCUAGUAUUUAUAAAAAAAACCUAAUUUUGUUGUUGUAAAAACCGAUUUGACGUUUUUAUCUUCCUUUUUGAUCUUUUUAUUUUGCUUCUUACUAAAUUUUACUAAAAAUGGCGAAUGCGCAAUAUUUCUUUAACUUUCCAAAAUAUAGUAUUAAUAUCAGAAUGAUUCGCUGUUUAUAGUUUGUGUUUGUAAAUAAAAAAUGUAUGUAUAUAAAAAAUACAAAAGCUGUCAUACUAAGCGUUAGAUGUAAUAUCGAGCCAUAGAGACAAAUAAUAAUUUAAAUAAGUUGUGAAACUUAAUUGUUUUGACUUAAUGGUCUACUUGGUUUACUUACUUUCACAUAUGACAUUAAAAAUGUCUUUACUACUUCAAGUGUUUAUUUUAAAUAAAGUUUAUAAGCUCGAAACGCCUCAACAGAAAAGAAACAAUAAUUUUUUACAGCGUUGCCAUAUUGUCGUAACAGUAAAUAUAGGGAAUUAUUUUUUUUAUCUUUUUCUUAAAACAUUUAAAUUUGACAGUUUCUUUCAGUUGUGAUUUUUCUCCAUGGCUCGUUAGCCGUUAGUUGUUAAAAUAUAAUUCAGACGUAUUUAUUUAUAAAUUAUAGUAAAAAUAUUUUUGUAUUUAUUAUUUUUGUCUGUUAUGUACACAACACAAAUAGAAGUUUUAGUUUUAGAAAUAUUAUUUUUCAUGAUUUGAUCAAUGAUUUGUUCACAAAUACCAAAAAUGUUCCCUGAUGGAAAGAGAGUUUAACACAUGUAGCAUUAAGAGCACACAUUGCAUUUUUGAACAAAUACUAUAAGUUUAACUUAACACAGUGGAACAAUAAUUUCUUUGUCUUGUGUAACCAACUUUUGACUGGUUACAAUCUCUGAAACUAGUCUUUGUCUCUCUUGUGUUUCCGUAUAGUGUAUUUCGUAUGGUAUCAAUUUUUCUAACAGUAUAUUUCAGAAAUAUACUGUUCCAAAAUAAUUUUAUUCAUUCAAACAGUUUCUAGCACGCACUAAACAUUUAUGUUGAGGUCAAAUUGUCUAUACUGUGAUGAUGCCUUUAUGAUCUUCAAAUCCCUGUGUAAUCGUCCAUACUCGUUACUUAUUACUUAUAUUUUUCUACUUGUACUUUUGUACUUGUAUUACUGUAAGUCACAGAAACACUAUGGAUUGAACGUAAGAACCUAUCUUGGUUGCAUAAUUUAUUAAGACAAAAGGCGGAUAUUCCAAUAGAAGAUCUGCUUUGAGCCACUUCUGAUAGACAAAGGCUCUAUAAUAUCGUUGAGUUGUAGAUCUAUGUAGAUAAGAAACUUGAUGUGGUAGCACGUAGCAGAAAAAUUACUACAGUUUUGGUAUCAGUACUCUUAUUUCCAUCCAUCCAUCCAAUGGCACUACAGCCCAAAUCGAGCCUUGGCCUCAUUCAACAAGCUUCUCUAAUCAUUUCGAUUUACCGCUGUCUUUUCCAUGAACGCGUUCCCAGGAAGUUCCUGGCAUCCUCAUCGACUUUGUCUUCCCAUCUCUUUUUAGGUCUUCCAACAGGUCUUUUUUCCUGCAUUCUUGCAUUUAACAAUUUUCUGGGGAUUCUAUUCUCAUGCAUGCGUACCACGUGCCCUGCCCACCGUAAUCUCUGCAGUUUAGUGUAUUGUGCUAGAGUUGGUUCGCUAUAUUGCUCGUAUAUUUCUCUAUUAUACCUAAUUCGGCAGUUGUUAUUUUCACUGAUUGGACCCAGUAUCUUACGUAAUAUUUUUCUUUCAAACACAUCUAAUGCAUUGACAGGUUUCUGUGUCACCACCCAUGUUUCACAGCCAUAACUUACUGUGGGCCUGAUUAUUGUUUUAUAGACCCGGAUUUUUGUUUUCCGGUGUACGUCUCGCGAUUUGAAUAUGUGGCACAUCGCGAAAUAGGCUUUAUUUGCCAGCACAAGCCUUCUAUUUAUGUCCGGUUCUUAAAUUGUGUUAUAAAAGUGUUCCUCUGUGUAACUUAAGAAACAGAUUCUAUUUUAUUUUAUAUGGUGUCUUAAAAGUGUGCUGUAAUUAAAAAAUACUGAUAAAAAUUUAAAAUUUAAUGUUAAAAGCAAUUAGGGUGGAUCCCGCGUACCAAAAAAAGUUGAUUAAUAGCAAGAAAAUUUGUUAGCUUAACAGUGUCUAGUCGGACAAACUUUGAUGUAUGGGAACACUGGAACAGGGGGAAGUUUUAAUUGUGGAACAGGUUAAAAAUUUGGAAUCAGAUAAGAAAACGUUCCAUGUAUUUUGUCGGACAGAACUUCCAAUUGAUUUGUUACCAUUUCAUUAAACUCUCAUGCAAAAAUCAGACUGGUAUUUAUCACCAAUUGGAUAUUUUAAUAAGUCAAACAUGAAGAACAUGUCAAAUGACAGGAAUUAUAUUGGUAAUAAACAGCAGUCUGAUUUUUGCAUGAGAGUUUAAUGAAACGGUAACAAAUCAAUUGGAAGUUCUGUCCGACAAAAUACAUUUGGCGUUUUCGGAAUCUGGCGUUCCAAAUUUUUAAACUGUUUUACAAUUAAAACUUCCCCUGUUCCAGUGUUCCCGUACAUCAAAGUUUGUCCGACUAGACACCGUUAAGCUAUUAAAUAACAAAUUUUCAGCUUGCUAGUAAUCAAUUUUUUUUUUGGUACGCGGGAUCCAGGCCUAAACGGUUAUUCCUCGUAUCUUAGAAAUCAUUUUGCACUAUUGCACUUUGAUUAACUGUUUGUAAUGAAGGAUUCUGUAAUAAAGAAUUACUGAUUUACUACCUUGUUUAUUGAGUUAUAUUCGAAAAUUUUAUGAUACGGUUUAACACAUAAACUUCCAGGCAGGCUUACGCACACUCUCUAGACAUCUAGUAUAAAAUCCCCAUAAAACCUUAGAAAAUUGUCAGAUUAUAGUAUAGAAAAAUUGUGAGAAAAUUACGUCACUACCUAAGUAUAACAUGUAAGGUAUAUAUAUUACCUCCAUAUAUGAAAACAUAUUUAAAUUACGGUCAUGACGAUAAAAAGGUCAAAUUAUUUAUUACUUAAUCUUAGCGAUAGGACACUCAGAUAGUGUGAUGUACAUAAAAAUUAUUUAUUAGUAUUGUAGAAAAUAUUUAUUAACUCAAACUCAAAAUGUCAUUAAUUACACAAGUUUAGGGCAUUCUCAAUGUACAAGAUUUGCAAAGAAUGUGAUACUGGAUUAUUAUAUUUUUCUGAAAAUUUUAGUAUAUAAAAGGUUUUUUUUAUUACAGUAUAUUUUCCGUUAGCUUCUCCGAUACAUUUCGCAGUCACAAGAAUCUUUUUAUUUUCUAUCCGCGUCUUACCAAAUUUUUUCAUUUUCUUUACAUAUUAAUAAAAAUAUAAUAGGUACCUAGUAAUUUUUUAUACUGAAUAACUUACUUGAACAUCUUCACAUUAAAAUUGUUAAAAUACAGAAAAAUCAAAUUAUAAUAAAUUAGUUUUGGUUUUUUGCGAAUUUUGUACAUAUUAAAUUGAUGGUCUCUGCCCCCUUUACAAAUACCCAAAGAAUGUUUGCCCUAUCCACUGCAGGACUGAUUUUUGUUCUACCUCAGUUGUACAGAUUUUCUUUAGUCAGUAGGUUACCUUAUUUUUUUUUUUUUUGUAAAAAUGUAAAAGAAAUACACUAAG